GAGAGUGAAAGGGAGGACUUCCAAAGAUACAUUGCCGAGCAGCUAUCGCUGGUUCCCGGAUUUGACGAAGAUAUCAAGGAGAUUGCCGAGUACAUUGCGUUGUUGGUAAACAACGGUAGACCCUUAGAAGAGACGCUCUCGCAAUUGAACGACCUCUUUGGCAAUCAUGACCUUAGACAGACCUUGGAGAACGUGUACAAGGCUUUGGAAACGUUUAAUCAGCAGAAGCUUGCAGCAUCAACUCAGCAACCAGUGCAAGGAGCUCAGGAUGUGGUAUUAGAUGCACCAGUAGGGCAAGACAGACUACAGCAGCAACAACAACAACAGCAGCAGCAACAAGUAUCAAAUACACAAGAUGAAGAACCGGACUUGAUUCUAGGUAACAGACCAACAAGGUCAUUACCAACUAAGCCUGCUUCUUACUCCCGUGGCGGGUACGGCGUGUCAAAGAAUGGUAGAGGUGGGUUCAGAAAUAAUAACAACAGCAACACUAGAAACUUUGCAUUCAAGAACCAGGAAGCCAUUGCCAAGGCUUUGAACUUGUCAGCACUGGCUGGAAGUGAUGCUUAUAUCAACGCAAAAGGACAGAUCAAAAAGAAAGGUCGCUGUGAUAAGUUCCCACAUUGUCCCUUGGGCAAGAACUGUAUGUAUGCACAUCCUUCCACCUUAUGUUUCCGUUUCCAAGAGGGAAAGUGUGAAAACGCACCAGGAACGUGUAAUUACCUCCAUCCAGGCGAAGAUGAUGCCCUUAUUGAAGAAUGGAACAAAGUUAAAGAGUUUUACCAGGAGAAGAGAAGCAAAGCCAUACAAAACCAGGUAGGGUUAACCUUGUGUAAGUUUGGUGUCACAUGCUCAAAUCAACAAUGUCCAUUUGGCCAUCCAACACCAGCCAAUGAAGAUGCAAAGGUGAUAACCUUGGAAUGGUGCCCUGAAAACCUUAACUGUUCAAACCCAAGCUGUACAAAGGCACAUUCAUCCUUGUCCAAGAUUAGAGAGGUGAAACCUUUCAAACAACAGGUACCACAACAACAGGCACCACAGGAGAGAUCCCUUGCAGCCUGUAAAUUCGGAAUGAACUGUACCAAUCGUCAUUGCAAGUUCCGUCAUGCUACAUCACCAGUAUUAUGCCGUGACGGUGCAAACUGCACAAGAAUUGAUUGCUACUUCUCUCACCCAAUUGAUGAAGAGUGUCGUUUUGGUGAACAGUGUAAGAAUCCAAAAUGCCUGUUCCAGCACCCAAACGGUAAAGCCCAAACUGCAGUCCCAGCUAAGAACUUGACUUGGACUAAAACUAAUGAGAGACAAUUUGCUGUUCCUGAUGAUCAAGUUUUAGAAACUGCGCCUGCACAA